CUGCUGGCUCCCGGGAGCAUGGAAGCGGCACGUGAAGAGGAGCCUGCCGCGCGCGGGAGCGCCGGGGAAGAUGGGGACUCCGCGGAGGCGCCGCCCCCGACCCGGGACACCCCGGAGGACAUCGUGCUGGAGGCGCCGGCCAGCGGCCUGGCGUUCCACCCCGCGCGCGACUUACUGGCCGCGGGGGAUGUGGACGGGGACGUGUUCGUAUUUUCCUACUCCUGCCAAGAGGGAGAAACCAAGGAGCUCUGGUCCUCAGGCCACCACCUCAAGUCCUGCCGGGCUGUGGUCUUCUCUGAAGAUGGGCAAAAACUUGUCACUGUCUCGAAGGACAAAGCCAUCCAUAUUCUAGAUGUGGAGCGAGGCCAACUGGAAAGGCGCAUUUCUAAGGCUCAUGGUGCACCUAUCAACAGUCUGCUGCUGGUGGAUGAGAAUGUGCUGGCUACUGGGGACGACACAGGUGGUGUCCGGCUCUGGGACCAACGGAAGGAGGGCCCCUUGAUGGAUAUGCGGCAGCAUGAGGAAUACAUUGCUGACAUGGCUCUGGACCCAGCUAAGAAGCUGCUGCUAACAGCCAGUGGGGACAGCUGCCUUGGCGUUUUCAACAUUAAGCGGCGCCGGUUUGAGCUGCUGUCAGAGCCUCAGUCUGGGGACCUGACUUCUGUCACGCUCAUGAAGUGUGGGAAGAAGGUGGCCUGCGGCUCUAGUGAAGGCACCAUCUACCUCUUCAACUGGGAUGGUUUUGGGGCCACGAGUGACCGCUUUGCCCUGAGAGCAGAGUCCAUCGACUGCAUGGUCCCUGUCACUGAGAGUCUACUGUGCACAGGCUCCACUGACGGAGUCAUCAGGGCUGUGAACAUCCUACCAAACCGGGUGGUAGGCAGUAUCGGCCAGCAUGCUGGGGAGCCUGUGGAGAAGCUGGCCCUCUCCCACUGUGGCCGCUUCCUGGCCAGCAGUGGUCACGACCAGCGCCUCAAAUUCUGGGACAUGACACAGCUGCAGGCUGUGGUGGUAAAUGACUACCGUCAACGCAAGAAAAAGGGAGGACCAUUGCGGGGCCUGAGCAGCAAGGCCUGGAGCCCCGAUGACUUCUUUGCAGGGCUGAGGGAGGAAGAAGAUCCCAGGACUUUGGGAGAAGAGGAGAGUGAGGACAGUGACUGAGGGCAUGCGCCACAUCAGGACCAGACCUCCCUCAGCAGGCUGGAUCUCAUGAGCUUGUGUGUGGACAGUGCCUCUGUGCGCUUGGCCUGAGUGGUACAUCGUGUGCACUCAACGAGGGUGGGUGGCAGUGAGCGCCCACUUUGUGGUGCUGCGGAAGAAAAGCCUGGAACUCUUCUGUAAAGAUGGCAGCCCAGAAAAGCUAAAGGAGCAGUGACUCUUGAAGGCAUGGGGUCACCAAGAGUCAGAAUUGACUCAGAAAACAGAUUUUUAAAAAUUUUCCUUUUUUAUUCUGUAACUUAGGAAGGUGCAGAGGCCCAGGGCUCCGGACUGUGCUGUGGAGGUACGAGUUGCUCACUCUAUCAUUGUGAGGAAGACAAGCUUUCAGCUGGGACAAGACAGCACAAACACAAGAAACACCAACCAGGGGGUUACUAUAAAUACAACCUGCAUAGAAAACCUUACAACUAUACAUAAACCAAAAUCAGAAUGCCAGGCAGUGGGGGCAAUAGCCAGGUUUUGGAUCCUUUGGCUCAGCCAGCCCCUAAAUAAAAACGAACCAAAGUGACAGAUUAAGAAAAUGUUAAAGAUUCAUGCUACGCUGUUGGGGAGAGGGAGGGAGAGUGUGUGUUAAACAGGACUGGUAAGAGAGCUCAGAAGUCAGGUUAGACCCUUGAUGGGAAGAGGGCCAGGUCUCUCACCAUAAUUUAGCUAAACUUGAGCUGCUCACCUUCCCAGAGGUAUGGUGGGGCUCUGCCCCAGCAGAGAAUAUGCAUCAGGCCUGGGGCAAGGCCUGUACCCCUCCCUUCUUUGGGCUUUGAUGGUAGCCACCCAGGCCUGCUGGGCUGAGGACUGACACAGACUGCCUGUGGAGAGGAGAAAGGAUGGGUCACUGCUUAAACAUGAUACCUGCCUCAGCAGAGUACGGAAGGCUGGCCCUGGACUCACUCAGUGCCUCCAGCAGCUUUGCGGACACGGCUUCCUUGGCCACCUGGUGCCCAUCUUGCCCAUUCUGGGCCAACACAACCCAAAUGAGGCCACUGAAGGGCACUGCAUGACCUGGGAUCACCACCUGGUACCAGAAAUGGUGCCAGCCAGCAGGGCCGAUGCCCAAGCACUUGGUGAGGAACACAGGGCUGCCCAGCUUCAUCCUGUGGCACAGCAGCUGCAGGGCAGCCCGGGCCCCAUGAGGCCCUGGCUUAUCCUUGGCCAAGGGCAACGGGGUCCCCUCUGACUGUGGAAACUGCAGUGAGGGGCCUGAGAGCUGACGGAGUCUCUGCUUCAUGUCUGGUUUGAGCCACUCCACUGUCACCUGCUCUCCACAGAGGCAUGACUGUCCUGUAAGAUAAAGGCAGGGGACAAGGGCACAUCUAAACCCUGGGCCUGUGAACCCUUUGGAGUCUCACAAGCUGGGGUUGGGCUUCAAUUCCUUAUUCCCACCUAGCGUGAUCUUGGGCAGAUUAAAUAACAUCUCCAGGUCUCCUAGUCUCUGUUUGUAAACAAGGUAUAAUGCUGCUUUCUAAGUUCCCUUUGAGUAAAGACUCAGGCUAGCCUGCUUCAUUACCAUCACAAUGGCUUACUUCCACAAACAGCAGUGCGUUUACCAUGAGCCAGGGAAUGUGCUAAGUACCAGGUCCUAAAUUACCCUCUUCUCACCUAUGUGAGGAAGCAGGUUUUAACAAAAGAUGAAAAUAAGGACUGCUUUGGGCAAGUCCACUCAUUAACAGUUCUAAAGAGGGAGGAAACAGAGCUACAUUUCAUUGCAGCGUUAAGUUAAAACCUGGUAGUUCCGGGUUAACUGGCAGUUGAUAUCAACCGGCAGAUAUCAAAGUGGCAAAAUCAGGUUUGCUAGACUAGACCCUUUGGAUUUUGCAAAUUUGACUAUGCCGAUGUGUGUUAAGCGCCCACAGGCUUGGCUCCGAGCGGCCUCCGCAUAGUCUCAUACCGUACCUUCCACUAGGGCCUUUUUGGCCAUGGCAGCGGCACGGUGCGAGCUGAACUUGAGCAGCGCGAUCUGCGUGGGCGCCGACCCCUGGCUGGGCAGCAGCAGGGCCUCCUGGAGGCCGGCACUCAGCGGCUGCAGCGCGAGCAUCAGCGCGUGGUGGCUCAGACUCCGCGGCAGCCCGUCCACGCACAGCUCGCACUUCUCGGUGCUGCGGCACACGAGCAGGG